CUUUUAAAUUAUUACAGAAAUAGUCAUUUUAUAAAGAAAUAAAAGUUUUCCAAAUUUUGAUUCUAUUAGUUUUAUUGCUAUAAAGUUUUAUAAAAGCUACGAGAAUUACUUUUAAAAAUCAGGGUUCUAUCUGCAAUAGACUGGUAGGCCAGUCUAUUGGUGGGUGCGUAGAUAACUGCGGCAACUGGAAGUUGGCCCUGAACGCAGAGCCCCCGUGGCUUUGCUAGCACCCCCAUAGUGAUUUUGUCUUAACCCGCCUCCUCACGACUCACCCAAUUCUCAUUGACAGCUGCCUCUUUGCUGCCUAGCGCCUACAGAGUAUCUUUUAAAAACUUAAAAACAAUAAAAUAAACAAUAUGAAGGUAACAAAUCUGGACGAACGUAUUCAUGUCUUGGACAGUGCGUCAAAUGUUAUGACCGUCAUCAAAGAUAUUGCAUUGAGUGGAUUGCAAGAAGAAGCUUUUUAUGUACUUGAUAUUGGAGAUGUCGUACGUAAACAUCAAAUAUGGAAAGAAAAAAUGCCACGCGUCAGUCCUUAUUAUGCUGUAAAAUGUAACGAUAAUUUAAUUGUAAUUGAGGUACUGGCUGCUCUUGGUAUUGGUUUCGAUUGUGCGUCCAAAUCUGAGAUUAACAAAGUACUAAGUGUUGGAGUAGACCCGUCGAGAAUUAUCUUCGCUAAUCCAGCUAAACCGGCAUCACAUAUCCGUCAUUCUGCUGCUGUUGGUGUCGACGUUAUGACAGCAGAUAAUGAAAGCGAAUUACAUAAAAAAAAACUUCAUCCAACUGCUAAGGUUGUUAUUAGAAUUCGUUGUGAUGCUGAAGUUGCUCAGUGUCAAUUAGGUAUGAAAUUUGGUUGUGAUCCUAUAUUCGAAGCACCCAAUCUUUUGCGUCUUUCACGUGUAUUAGGACUCAAUAUCAUUGGUAUUAGUUUUCAUGUUGGAUCUGGUUGUCAAGAUCCACCAGUAUUUUAUCGAGCUAUACGCCAUUCUAAGAUAUUAUUUGAUUUAGCAACAGAUCUUGGUUUUAAACCAUAUUUGUUAGAUAUUGGAGGUGGUUAUCCUGGAAAUAAAGGUUCUAGUAUUGAUAAAAUUGCUGAUGUUGUUAAUGAAGCACUUGAUGAAUACUUUAACACUGAUGCUGUUCAUGUAAUUGCUGAACCUGGCCGUUUUUAUGUUGCCUCAGCAUUUACACUUGCAACCAGCAUUCAUAGCAAACGUUCAGUACGUGGCGAUGAAAAUUCACCAAAUACAAUUACGCACAAUAUGUAUUAUAUUAAUGAUGGUGUUUAUGGAUCCUUCAAUUGUUUACUUUAUGAUCAUCAACAUGUAAUUCCAAUACCUCUAAAGAAAGGUUGUGGAAAGAUGAUUCCCUCAAGUAUUUGGGGACCAACCUGUGAUGGUUUGGAUCAAGUUGUUGAAAAUGUUCUAUUACACGAAAUGGAUCUUGGUGAUUGGAUAAUUUUUGAAAAUAUGGGGGCAUAUACAUUGCCAGUUGCUUCUCCAUUCAAUGGAUUCCCUGUACCAAAAGUUCAUAUUGUUGCUGACGAAAAUAUUUGGCAUUUAUUAAAAGAUGCUUUACCUUUGACUGAAGAACAUUUUGUUAUUGGCAAUACUCCAGCUAAUUUACGACUUGGUUUGGAUAUCGGUGGAACUGACACUAAUGCAUGGCACAAUUCAAAUAUUGCAUUGACAUCAACUCAAAUUUUAGCUGACGUUACUAAUCCACCAUCAUCAUACUUUUACGAUUAUCUUGAGGUUGAUCUUUAAUGCAUACAUAUUAUAAUAACAACAAACUUAUUGAAACAAUUAUUCGGCAUUUCUAAUGAGAAACCACAUUUUCAUUUCUCAU